AUUGCACUCGUAAUAACUGAUAACCUGUUAGCGGUGAAAGUGAAAUACGGCCGCCAAGACUCGAAACAUAUAUAGUAAUAAUAAUGCAUACCAAUAUGAGGCCGCGUAUCGAGGAAUGCGCGGUUUGGCGUCCAAGUAGUGGUGGUUUGGAGGUAGAAAAGCCGUUUCCCGCGCACGUUUCGCCGUCAUCGAUCUUCGUCAACGUCGUGCCGGGGCCAACGAUCGUUGUCACUGGUCAGGUCUGAACGCGAUACGUUUUCGUGUUGCUUCGUUAACACCUGAAAUUGUGAAGUCCAGAGGCCGUCGUUUCGCGAACUUUCGGUUGUUUUUCUAUUGCUCUCAUAUCGUGCCGACGACGAUGGCCGUCGACUACCUGUUCGAUCCUCAAACGCUGGCCGCAGCCACUGCCGCCGACGACACGACUCGAGUCAACCAGUUGUCGGUGGACGAUGGUAGCUGCAAAUACCGAUUGAGGCCUCUGUGCAUGACAGACUACGGACGUGGAUACUUGGACCUGUUGUCUCAACUGACCGUGACGGGAAGCGUCACUCAGCAGAUGUAUUUGAACACUUUUGAAGUGAUGAAGAAUAACAGCAAUACAUAUUACAUAAUUGUCAUUGAGGAUACUGAGGAAAACUGUAUAGUCGCGUCUGGUUCCCUGACCAUUGAAAAAAAAUUCAUACACCUCUGUGGACAACGCGGUAGAAUCGAAGACAUUGUUGUCGACUCUAACUGCAGAGGAAAACGGUUUGGGAAAAUUGUUGUUCAACGUUUGAUUGCUCUGUCACGCGUCCUAAAUUGUUACAAGAUUUCAUUGGAGUGUAAAGAUAGUAAUGUUAACUGGUAUAGCUCAAUGGGUUUUGUGAMGGAACCUGGAAACUCAAAUUUCAUGCAAAUUAAGUUUGAGAAACCAUCUCAUUGAACUUUGUUAUUUAUCAAAAAUAGUAAUGUUUGCUUUUAAUAUAUUAUGAUGUUAAUUAUUGAAAAAUACAAUUUAUGUUUUAAAAUAUUUGAAAAGCAAAAAUUUACAGUUAAUUUAAUUUUAAAGGUCUUAUAUACUUUGAUUUAAUGUGUUUUGUUAUUCCUAAACUCCAACAGGCAAUGCAAAUAUUACUAUAAUAAUGUACUGUAUUUAAUGUGUAGAUUAUAUGURUAUUCUUCUGUUUAAAUUAAUUUUCRAUAUCUUUCUUACCUGGAAUUUCAGAAUUUGGUUAGUUAAAGUACAUUCUUAAUUAAAUAYGAUUUGUUUAGUGAUAAGAAUAUAUUUGAUA